AUGUCUGAAAACGAGAAUGACAAGUUCGCUGAGGAUGAUCUAAGUUUAUCCUCCCAUGCCUUAUCAGCCCUAAAUGACUUUUUUUUGGAACAGCAAGAGCAACAACUAAGAUUCGAACAAUUAAAACAAUGCUCUUCAAUUCAAAUUUAUUCGGAUACAGAACAUGAAGACAAACCUGAUUUGGUUAAUGAAGAUAGUGACGAAGAAGGAUGGGAAGAACAACAAAAG